CUCUGCUCUAAUCCGAUUCACUACUCCUUUUGUCUGUCUGAAGAUCAUUUCCACAUUGCUUUCAAAGAUGAGUGAUUACUUGCGAAAAUCGAUCCAAGAUUUGGAUUUGGGAAUUGAUGAAACGCCGGUCUCUUUACCACCGGAAUUCUGUGCUCGUGCAGCUAUUGCCAAUCGAUUCUCUUUGGUGGUUACGACGGUCAACCCCAGAAAACAGAACCUCCGAGCCCUUAUUGGGCAGAUGCCUCGUGUAUGGGGAUUUGCUGACUCUUGUGUGGGUCGUAUUUUGGGUCAAGGACGAGUCCAAUUUGUGUUCCAGAGUGAGGAGGCUCUGAAUCUGGUUUAACGCCGCGGUCCCUGGGCUUUUAACGAUUGGAUGCUUGCUGUUCAUCGUUGGUACCCAAACAUCAGUGAUGAGGAGAUGAAGAUCAUCAAUUUCUGGGUUCAAAUCAAGGGUAUCCCUUUGU